AACACGUCCCUUGCAUCCCUUCCUUUCUGCAGGAAUGCAUCCUCUCCGGGAUCAUGUCCGUGAACGGGAAGAAGGUCCUUCACAUGGAUCGUAACUCCUACUAUGGAGGGGAAAGUGCAUCCAUUACACCCCUGGAAGAUCUCUACAAAAGGUUUAAUCUCCCGGGGGCUCCACCAGAAUCCAUGGGGCGGGGAAGAGACUGGAACGUGGACCUCAUUCCAAAAUUCCUGAUGGCUAACGGUCAGUUGGUGAAGAUGCUGCUCUACACAGAAGUGACUCGUUACUUGGACUUCAAGGUGAUCGAGGGCAGCUUCGUCUACAAGGGGGGGAAGAUCUACAAAGUCCCCUCCACCGAGGCAGAAGCUCUGGCAUCCAGCUUAAUGGGGCUGUUUGAGAAGCGCCGGUUCCGGAAGUUCCUGGUGUACGUGGCCAACUUCGACGAGAACGACCCCAAGACCUUCGAGGGCGUCGACCCCAAGAAAACCACCAUGAGGGACGUGUACAAGAAGUUCGACCUGGGCCAGGACGUCAUCGACUUCACCGGCCACGCCCUCGCGCUCUACAGGACUGACGACUACUUGGACCAGCCCUGCCAGGAGACCAUCAACAGGAUCAAACUGUACAGCGAGUCCCUGGCCCGGUACGGGAAGAGCCCCUACCUGUACCCCCUGUACGGGCUCGGAGAGCUGCCCCAGGGAUUCGCCAGGUGAGAGCCGGCCCCGGAUCCUGUGUGAUC